ACGAGCGGUGGCGAGAUAUUUCUACUUGAGCAGCAUGGGUCUUUUAUCUGUCACCUUCCUAACAACUCUUGUUGGUCUUGCUGCAUCGCAGAGCGUUGUAUUCGUUGGUGGAAAUGAAAGCGACGCAAAUGUGCCUCUUUGGGAGAGAGUGAUUGAGCUUGCGGGAGGUAAAGGUGUAGCCAAGUUUGGUAUUUUUGGAACUGCGUCAUCAGAUCCUGAAGGAUCGGCAGCCUACUAUAUUGACUUGCUCGUGAAUGUAUACGGAGCAGCAAGCGCAACGUAUAUUCCAAUCACGGAAACAAGUAACAAUGCCGAUGAUCCUGCCAUGGUUGAUUUAAUACGACAACAAACGGCAUUUUUCUUUGGCGGUGGCGAUCAACUGCGAAUUUUGAAUGCAAUUCGUCCCGCCGGUAGAGAAACACUUGUUCUAGCUGCUAUUAAGGAAAUGCUAAAAGCCGGAGCAAUGGUUGGCGGAUCAAGUGCGGGCGCUGCUUGUUUGAGUGAUACUGUCAUGAUUACGGGAGGUUCAAGCUACGACGGGUUGAUCUACGGGGCGUUUAGUGGAGGACCCAACUCGAAUAAUCCAGGAGAUCUAUCUUACGAUGAACAUGGCGGUUUGGGAUUUUUAGCUGGCUGGGUUCCAGAUACCCAUUUCAGCGAGCGAGGUCGGGAAGCACGUCUUAUUAGGCUGCUCCAAGACACACGAUACCGGGACAUUGGGACACCUCGCGGUUUCGGCUUGGAUGAAGAUAUGGCCCUUGUAAUUACUGAUCUCUACACAAGACCUGUUGGAACAGUAAUUGGAACAAGUGGGGGAGUUUUUAUAGCUGAUGUCACAAAUGUUAUUGUUACACCUUCGGCAACUACGAACUAUGAAGGAGUAUCUUCCCAUUACCUUACUCAAGAUGACACUAUCGAUCUUACCACUGGUAACGUUACAUUUGCUAGCUGGAAAACUCCCCUGAAGGGCAACGAACAGUUUACCAAUGCUGAAAUCUCAACUGACAUCUUGUCGUCAAAGCAAAGUCGUUCAUGGGCAUCUGCAGCAGCGCAGUUUUUUGACAACCAAUUAGAUGACACUGUUACCCAUUUUACUUUCGAGAAAAAACCUCCAUUUGAAGUAACUUUUAACCGCCUAAGCGGAGCUGGUUAUAGGGGCCCUCUUCCAAGCGAUCCUUUGACGUUCGUCGUGUCUCACGAAAAUCUUCAAGUUGGAAUUCGGGAAAGUAUUGCGGUUUAAAGGCGCCAUAAAGAUUAAAAUUUCGAGUUUGUUAUCUUACUGCGUACGAAUAAACAUAAUAUUGUUGA